ACAAUAUCCCUUCUUUUGUGCAGUGUACGUAAGUGUAUGUUCAAUACUUGUGCCAAGUUUCCUGCAGAACGAGAUGACGUUAGUUAAUUACUUAAGUAAUUAAUUAAUUAAUAGUUUGAAAAUGCCAGAGAUGAGACUAGUUUCGUUCUCGACCGGUAAAAACGACGCGGGAAUACAACGUGCUAAAGGGUACGUGUACAUGAAUGGGGACAUUGGGAAGCUCCCAUCAGGGGCGGGAUACCCAACCACCCCUGAGUCCCUGGGUACAGUGGGGGGUGCACCAACCAAUAGUACAACCGGCCUAGAUUACAGCGUCAUGAACGGAGGUCCUAGUGCAGAAUUGAUGUUAGAACAAGGUGCUAGCAGCCUAAGUCCGGCGCAGCAACAUGCCAUGAACAUGGGAGGGGCAGCUGCUUACAGUCCGAUCGACAUUACGGCGCUCGGAGAGGCCUCUGCCUCCAUCGGAUCACUCGCCGACGUCUCCAUGCCCGGCAUACCUCUUGACCAAUUGAAACAGAUGCUCUCUUCGCAGCUCGAAUACUACUUCUCCAGAGAGAACCUAGCCAACGAUACAUAUUUAUUAUCUCAAAUGGAUAACGAUCAGUAUGUACCAAUAUGGACAGUAGCAAAUUUUAACCAAGUCAAGAAGCUAACUAAAGAUAUCAAACUCAUAACGGAGGUACUGAGAGAGUCUCCCAAUGUCCAGGUGGACGAAGAAGGGCAGAAAGUAAGACCCAAUCAUAAACGGUGCAUCGUUAUUCUACGCGAAAUACCGGAUAGUACUCCACUGGACGACGUUAAGAAUUUAUUCUCAGGAGAGGGAUGUCCUAGACUCAUUUCGUGUGAGUUUGCACAUAAUAGCUCCUGGUAUGUGACUUUUGAAUCCGAUGAAGAUGCUCAAAAGGCUUAUAGGUUUCUACGUGAAGAGGUUCGAGAAUUUCAGGGAAAGCCUAUUAUGGCUCGCAUAAAAGCUAAACCAAUGAACAGGCUACCUAUCCCAGCAGUUACUGGCGUUGGUGGGAUUAAAAAUGGAUAUCGGACUACUCCGCCUCCUCCGCCAGUUUAUGAUCCAAGCAACUACCCACCUGGCCAACAGCGCUUUAUGUACACAACAAACGGCAAUGCAAUGCCGCAAACUACUAUGCCACCGUAUGCGAAUCCAGUUAUAUAUCAUCAGCCAUUUUAUCCUGCUGGUAUGAUACCUUGGACUCACGGCAGUCCCACCGCUUAUUUUGAUAUGGGUGUGUUUACGAUGAACGGAAUGGCGCCACAUGGUUCAUUCAAACCACAUAACACAAGAUUCACUCCUAGAAACAGAAAUAAACAAAGGAAUGGAUCUGAGAGAGGAGGUUUAAUGGACAGUGGAGGUGGAGGAGGAAUGGGUUCCGCAGGCCGAUCUAACCAUCCUCUGAUAAGGGGGGGUCCAAUGGUAUCUGGUACGAGCACAUCGGCUUCUUCGUUAAGCUUGCCACCAAUGAAGCCAACAUCCUCAUCUUCCUAUCAGACUGGCACAAAGUUCCACUCUUCCCAUGCGACAACGUUGUCGGGAGGAGAGCCUCCUCAGUUCAGUAGCAGCAGCAGUGGCAACAGCAGCAGCAGCAGUGGCGGCAGUCACGUCAAGGCAUUGAUAGAGAACGAUGCUCAGGGAAUGGACUCGCCUAUUCAAUUUCCCCGCCAUCGUACACAUCGCAGGCCCAAAGACCAAGACGCAAUGUCAAAGGCGAACAGUAACCCGCUUCCACCGAUAAGAGAGUCCAAUAUAGCGAACAAUUCUCAAUACAAUCGUGGCGUACAGUUUGACUUGGAAGCAGCAGCCUUCCCACCACUUCCUGGCCUGGAUGCUGAUCCUGCCAAGCUGCACACCGCCUCAACGGAGACCGCCGCAACCGAUAGUUUGCAAUCGCACUGGGAGAACAGGCUUUCAGACGUUGUAAAAGGUACUGCCAAGCUGAAAAGCACAAAAGAUAAAGAGCCGACAGCGGGGGGAGUCGGUCAACAGUAUCAACAGCAUCAGGAGCAACAACAUCAACAACAACAACAACAACAACAACAACAACAACAGACCAGCAACAGCAGCAGGUCAGCAAGUCCUGGGUCAAGCACAGGAGGUCCGUCGUCGUCCGGUACCUUAGAGGCUGUCGCCAAUUCUGGCACAUCGUUGGCAGCACCCACCACCUCCACAGUCUCAAACUCCAAUUCCUCUGCCAGCAACACUGACUCUACAGACAUCGCUCUCAGCACGAUCACUCUCACUCCCCCGUCAUCUCCCGAUAAAUUUGUAAAGACUGAUGACACAAACAUGGUGAACGGCGUGGAUGAGGCUAUUAGUACAAAUCCACAUGCGACGGAGGAUGUUGAACCGGUAACCAGCUGCAGCUGCAACGUCUCUUCUACGCACCAGAGUAACCAGAUACAAUCAGGAGUGACGUCGAGCUCUCUUAUAGACCUCACCAGGCCGAGCUAUGCUCAAGUAGCGCAACAUUGCCGGGAACUACGUUGUACAAAACACAAAACUGAUGAGAAGGAUGGAAAUAUGUAAGGCCGAUAUAUUUCACUGCAAUCAAUUUCAAUAAUUAGCAGUUACAUGCACCUGAAAAUGGGUUGGACGGGUCGUUUGCCAGCCGCUUUAAUCUUAAAGCGAGUAUGGUAGGCAUUGAAAAAACAAAUAACAAAGAAAAGAUUAUAAGAAAAAUGAGAAACGAACUUUUUACAUUGUAUACAGUGACUUUGCCUAUAUUAUACUAAUUGUGGCAUCGAUAAACGACAAAUGAUAAACGAGAAGAAAAAUCAUAAAACUAAAGGAGAAAAAUACAAAAAAAAUUAAAACAGCAGACAAAAAAAAGUAUAUAUAUAAAACCCAAAAAAAAAAUGAAUAAUAAUUCAACAAAAACCAAGUAUUCAAGGAAACAGUAAUUUUUCCCUUACAAUUAAGAAAAUAAUAUUAAUUGCUGACAGGAUAAUACACUGUGUAGGAGAGUGUCGUCGGUACUUUGGUUCGGUCAUUUCGGAGGUAUAUAUUAGUUGAAAUUUGUUUCGAUUUUUAAAAAAAUCGUGAGUGAAUACAUACCUUUAAUAUAUUUAUUUGGAAAAUAAAUUUACUUCUUUUCACACAAAUUAUCGGGCCGUAACUAUAAAAUGUUCACUACCUUCGUGCCAAAUCUUGACACUUGUUUACAGCUUGUAUGUUUUACAACAUAUAACUUUGGCCAAUCGUCUUUCUGUAACAAUUUUGAGUAAUUCAUAUUUAUAUUCCAUAUAGGGAUAAAGUUCAACUUCAUGUUUGCUGUCAAUUUACCUUCUCGACAUUUGUUGUUCAGUUCAAAGUAGGAAACGAAUUUGAAGCAGUUUAAAUCUAUUAAAUUUUCAUUUUUUCUUUUCUUUUCUUUUUUUUUUUUUUUACCUCAUAUAUUCCAAAGUUCUUCUGUCACGUUGAUAUGAAAGAGGAAAAAGGUCUUGUAAUUUCCAGAAUGUCAGCGAUAUGGUUCUGCUUAUAGCAAUUUUCUUUGCUCAUGUAGUUAUAAAAAAUUUCAACCAACCAGAUUGGCGUUGACGAUGGUAUGUACAUAUAUAUAUAUAUAUAUAUGUGUGUGUGUAUGUAUGCACAUAAAUAGACAUUAUACCCUUUUAGCAUCCAUGCAACCGUUUUUUUUUUUUUUUCCUCGUAAAUAUUUCCCAACAAUAUUUUAUCGCCACUUCAAUGGUUAUACGCUAUGUUGGAAUUAUUUUGCUACAACACGUAUAUUUCACACCUUAUGAACAUUUCAUUAAUUCCAAUAAAAUUCAAUCAGUAACAACGUAAAGAAUUUGAUUUGAAAUAAAAAAUAACGUUAACUUCAAAACCAUUCGUGUCUUUUAAAGAAGAAGAAAAAAAAAACUAAACUCUUGGUUGAUUUGGGACGCUAGGGUGUUUUGGCGCCGAACGAGUUGAACUUUU